AUGACUUCUUUACCGACCAUUAUUAUUGAAGAGAAGGUUAUUCUACAGAUCAAUUAUCAAUAUGAAUUAAAAAGUAUAAUUAACAGUUCUAAUCCAAAUUUGGAUAUUCCACAAUGCUUCCUUUUACUGGGUCAGAAAUCAACAUCAGAUGAAAUAACAGUUAAAGCUUGUGUUGAAUUUCCAUUGCUUCAUAGUCAACAGUCAAAUGAAAGAAUUCAGAGUUCAAUGGUGAAAUGCGAUGAAGAUGCUUUGAUUAGAAGAAUAGAAUUACAAAAGACGACAAACCCAGAUCUAAUUCCUACUGGUCUACUUCUGAUAGAUAUGAAUCACAAUAAUUAUGAAUAUUUAAUAAAAGAUAUUAUUAAAUUGGAGUCCCUUAAAUUCAUGUCUAAAGUGCUUUUCCAUUAUGAACCUAAAACUUCAACCGAUGAUUUGGAAUUAAAUUGUUAUAAAAUAACUACCAAUGUUAUUACUGAUCAGUUAACUCUGACUCUCAUUGAUUUUGAAUUAAAACUAAGUAAAAUUCCAAUGGAAAUGGUUGAUAGAAGUAAGCCAGAGAUUCCAGUUAGUUCGAUGAUAGAUGAUCCAAUAGAUUUUUACGCUUUUGAAAAGGAGCAACGUGAUCAUGACAAAUUUAUUAAGAAACUAUUGAAUGAAAUAGACAGAAUACUUAAUUAUUUACAAUGUGGAGGUACUAAUCCAGUAAUACUUCGUAAAAUUUCCCUGCUUCUCUCAACUUUAAAGAAAGCGCCUACUAACGAUAUUGAAGAUGCCAUAUCCAAAAUUGAGAAUGAGAUCAAUAUAGUACGCAUAGCGUGUGAGCAAUGGGAAGUCGGAAAUAAAAUAUCUAAAAAAUAG